UAGUACUUGAUUGUCAUUUCAUCUGGUCUACCGGUUGUCAAAUUUUGGGUCUGUGUAUAAAAAUAGUAUUCAUUUUCUUAGUUUAACAAGUUAUUUUACAUCCGGAUGAAAUGGCAUCUGUUUUAGAACAGUUUGUGACAAAUGUUAGAACACUCUCUUCUCAUGGUAACUACAAAGUUCUUUGUGAAUAUUUAAGUAAAUCCUCGGAUGUUCUUUUGAAAAAUACUCAACAUUUAGACAAUGUAUUGGAAACGUUGGAUUUGCAACAACAUUCGCUUGGUUAUCUGGUAGUACUACUGGCCAAAUUUAAUACUUCAGUCCCCGCUAACACACCAGACAAUCGGUUUACUCAAGUCCAAGAAUUUAUCCAAGGUUGUAACGGAGAACAAAUUCGUUUAGCACCUGAUACAUUUGCUGAACUCUGUCAUUCGUUAACAAAUUAUUUAGUUGAACAAAAACAACCAUUGAAGGGGAUAUUACUUUUAAGAAAAGCAAUAUCCAAACUAAGGUUUUUUGAUUCACAGUUAACAUCUAUUCAUGCAGAUUUAUGCCAGCUGUGUUUGUUAGCUAAAUGCUUUAAGCCGGCACUAGAAAUUUUAGACACUGAUAUAACAGGAAUUUGCCAAGAGAUUGUACAUAAUCCUAAUGGGGCCCAAUUUGACGCAAAAUAUUUCUUAUUAUAUUAUUAUUAUGGCGGAAUGAUUUAUUUAGCAGUAAGAAAUUUAGAUAGAGCGCUUUAUUUCUUUGAGGUUGCUAUUACAACACCCGCACAUGCUGUGUCUCAUAUUAUGCUGGAAGCUUACAAGAAAUAUAUUUUAGUUUCACUUUUACUACAUGGAAAAAUACAACCAGUGCCUAAAUAUGCUUCUCAAGUGGUGACUCGGUUUAUCAAACCAUUAUCGCAGCCUUAUAAUGAUUUAGCAAAUUCUUUUACAUCAAAUAAUACAGCAGAUUUAAAUUCUGUACUUAAUAAACAUAGGGAGGCAUUCACCAGGGAUCACAACUUAGGUCUUGUUAAGCAAGUAUCCUCAGUGCUUUAUAAGAAAAAUAUACAAAGGCUGACGAAAACGUUUCUGACUUUGAGUCUGUCUGAUGUAGCUAGCAGAGUUGGCCUUCCUGGUCCAUCUGACGCUGAACGUUAUAUAUUACAUAUGAUCGAGGAUCAACAAAUUUAUGCUACUAUCAAUCAAAAAGAUGGAAUGGUUGUGUUUAGAGAUGAACCUGACAAAUAUGGAGGUCCGGAUGUUUUGAAGAGCUUGGAAGCUCAAUUAGCUCUAUGUAUGGAACUUGAUAAACAAAUUCUUGCAAUGGAUGAAGACAUACAAGUCAACCCACUUUAUGUUAAAAAAUCCAGUGGUGUACAGGAUGAAGAACAGCCAAGCAAAAGCACCUAUGCAAUGUAAAAGUUUAUUAUAGUUCUCAGUGCUCAGUGUUAUUUGAGUUUUCAUAUAUUUUUUUUGUAUACUUAUUGACAUUUAAGCUUUUUCAUACGAAAAGGAAAGAACAGCUCAUGAACUUGAUAACUGAAAUUGUCACCUUAUGAACACUGUGUGUUUUUUGUAGUUUAAUAUUAUUUUUUUCAGACCGUUGUACAUUAUUUAUUUUUGUGUUUCUAUUAAGUAAUGAUUGAAAUUAUAUUGUACUGAGGUUAUUUACAAUAAAAUACUGAUAUACUUGC